UCUCUACCUCCCUCUCUCCCUCCCUCCCUCUCUCUCUCUCCCUCCCUCUCUCUCUCUCUCUGCUCUGGUAGGUCCACGAUGGUACAGCCAGCAUCUUGCAGCACAAUGGUUGCAAGGUGGUGAUCUGUGGGAAGCGAGAGAGAGACAGAGAGCGUGAUUCAGCAUCAGCCAACCUGCGUCCACCUCUUGCUCCUUUUUCCUUAAGACACAUAUUUUUGUAUGUAUUAAUUCUCCAUCUCUCUGAUCGUCUGAAUCAAGCCGUUGGCACAGCUAUGGUCUCCGCCGCAGCACUGUCUCCCGUCGGGAUGUUUUGAGAGAGAAAAGGACCGUCACCGGACUGGGGAUCGUCAUCAGCUGGCACGGAAUGGUAUUUAUGAGCAGACAUUUCUUAUAUAACUGCAGCGAACCUAUCCUGGAUGUGAAGAUAGCCUUUUGUCAGGUGUGUGUUCCUUACAGGUAAAAAAGGGUUUUGGAAAACAAGUGGAUGUGUCAUAUAUUGCCAAGCAUUACAACAUGAGCAAAAGCAAAGUGGACAACCAGUUCUACAGUGUGGAAGUGGGAGACUCCACCUUCACAGUUUUAAAACGUUACCAGAAUUUAAAGCCCAUCGGCUCCGGGGCUCAGGGAAUUGUCUGUGCGGGCUACGACGCUGUUCUGGACAGAAAUGUAGCCAUCAAGAAGCUGAGCAGACCCUUCCAGAACCAGACCCACGCCAAGAGGGCAUACCGGGAGUUGGUGCUCAUGAAAUGCGUCAAUCACAAAAAUAUCAUCAGUUUAUUAAAUGUCUCCACGCCACAGAAAUCAUUAGAGGACUUCCAGGAUGUGUACCUAGCAAUGGAGCUGAUGGAUGCCAACCUGUGCCAGGUGAUACAGAUGGAGCUUGACCAUGAGAGAAUGUCCUACCUGCUCUACCAGAUGCUGUGUGGGAUCAAACAUCUGCACUCAGCUGGCAUUAUACACAGGGAUCUCAAACCAAGCAAUAUAGUGGUGAAGUCAGACUGCACCUUGAAGAUCCUGGACUUCGGUCUGGCGAGGACCGCGGGCACGAGCUUCAUGAUGACCCCCUACGUGGUGACUAGAUACUACAGAGCCCCAGAGGUUAUCCUGGGCAUGGGAUACAAAGAGAAUGUGGAUAUAUGGUCGGUGGGGUGCAUUAUGGGAGAAAUGGUUCGCCACAAAAUCCUUUUCCCUGGCCGGGACUACAUCGACCAGUGGAACAAGGUGAUCGAGCAGCUGGGCACGCCCGCAGCAGAGUUCAUGAAGAAGCUUCAGCCCACGGUGAGGAACUACGUGGAGAACCGGCCAAAGUACGCAGGCCUCACCUUCCCCAAGCUCUUCCCCGACUGCCUUUUCCCCGCCGACUCCGAGCACAACAAACUCAAAGCCAGCCAGGCCAGAGACCUGCUGUCUAAGAUGUUGAUCAUCGACCCGGCUAAACGGAUAUCUGUGGACGAGGCCUUACAGCACCCCUACAUCAACGUGUGGUACGACCCGACUGAGGUGGAGGCGGCCAGAGAUCUCAUCCAAAUAUCCAUGCCUCCACCCCAGAUCUACGACAAGCAGCUGGAUGAAAGAGAACACUCCAUUGAUGAAUGGAAAGAACUCAUCUACAAAGAGGUGAUGAACUUUGAGGAGAGAACGAAGAAUGGCGUAGUGAAGGGACAGCCUUCACCUUCAGGUGCAGCCGUGAACAGCAGCGAGAGCCUCCCUCCCUCCUCCUCCAUCAACGACAUCUCCUCCAUGUCCACCGACCAGACCCUGGCCUCAGACACUGACAGCAGCUUGGAGACCUCCGCAGGACCCCUGGGGUGUUGCAGGUGACUAGCCGCCUGCCUGCGCAACCCCAUGUUCUUCCGGAGGUGAAGAACCCAACGAUCGGAAUGGAAAAAAGAAAUAGUAAAAAAAGAGAAAAGAUCAAAAUUAAUAUAUCAAGAGCAAAAAAGUUAUGGGAUCUGAAAAUGAUGAAAUCUAAAAGCCUGUGCAUUGUCAUUCAAAAACAGCAGUGGUAUUUAAACUGAAGUAAAUGAGCUGAGGUGUAUGUUAAUGAUUCUCUAGUUGCUUUGCUUAUAUUACCCAAAUAUCUUGUAUAUGGCAUCCGAACAAAACGACCAAACGCUUCGACUGGCAUCUUCAAAGUGCAAAGUGCAUAUUGGCUGGCUGCUGGUCUCCCAACUCCUUACAAAAGCAUUUAUGCUCCAGUCAUUGUGGCAAGGUGGGCUGCCCAUUGUGCUCAUCGCUACUGUACAAUACAAACCCCAUUCUCCUUUUACCCCCCCCCACCCGGCCCUUAUGUAACGACACUGCUGUAUUUCAACCCCCCCGCCCGACACAAUCCCCAAUGUAAGGUUGCCUGAAUUUGCGUGUUUGUAUGUGGUUACUCUGCAGGGAUAUGUAGUCACUCUCACCCAGAGCGACGCCACCCCCCUGUGAUACUUGUAAAUAAUGUAAUUCUGUACAGCUGAAGGGGCACACAGAGUGGGACUGACGGCCAGUACACUGGGAGUUUCUGUUUGGUUUUUAUUUUAAACUUCAUUUUCCACACUAUAGCGCACCUUGCCACAUCACCGCUUUCCACCUCAGUUGCCCCCGCCUAUCGCUGUAGUCCUGCAUGAUUAGAUUUAAAACAGUGCUAAUCUCACUGUAUGCUAAAAAUGAGUCUGCAUAGAGACUUUUGUUUAUAUAUGAUGUAAAACUAACACAACUCCAAGACAUGUGGGGGGAGAAUGUGUGUGUGUGAGUGUGUGUGAGUGUGUCACUGAGGCUACAUCCACACUACUGCCUUUCCAUUGGCCAAAAUGAAGAAGUUCGGAAAUGCUGCUUAAAACGCUGUUUAAGUUUGAAAACUCCGGGGCAUGUUUUUAGUCUGGACAGAUAGAAACGGAGAUGUUUGGAAACGAAGACGUAACCUCUUGCUGAUUGGGUCUUUUCGGUCACGACAUAGCCUUUGCUGAUUCGUCAGGCUCCUGUCACAUGACCCCCCUUCCAGAAGAAAACAACCGGCAUCAGCCUCGGUGGAGAACCAGUGUAGAACACGACAUGGAUAAUCAAUUCCAAGCUUUGCUGACCCUGUUGUCUUUGCACCCAGCUGUUGCGCAGUUAAAUUCUGCAUCGGCAUGUGCAUGCCCAGUGUACGUGAGUGGUCACGUGAUAUGCGUUUUUUUU